CGCGCUUAUUUGAAAGUGUGAUUUCGCUAAUCGAAGCGCAGCGCCUUCCAACGUACCUAUUGGCGGGGUUCAUUUUGUGCCACUCGAGAGGUCCCAUUGCAGCGACUGGAUAUAACACUCCAAGCGUAGGUGGCUAGCCUUGCACCACAAAGAUCAAGACUUACCUAGUAUUGCUAUAACAUCUCUCAUCGUCUUCCUCCCUUCAAAUAAUGCCCCGUUUCCACUUCUCGCAUUUUCUUUUUUUAAUCAUGAUUUUCACACUUUUAAGAAGCCUAGCUGAGCGUCUCUUGUUACGGAACAGGGGCAAAAACCAUGGCUUUCAAACUCAUCCACCGAGAGCCUGGAGACUUUCUUCAUACAUUCAAAGCCUCGAGGUCAUCUUGUGAUCGCGUCUUCCAGGAAGACAAUGCUGAGCCUCGUUUGGCGCACAAAAAUAACAGAGGAAGCCUGUACCUUGAGCCUCUAACAAGCUCAACGCCAAACUUCGGUACUGACGUUGUCUCGGAGCACUUGAAAAGCGGCAAACCGAUUUACACGGUACUUGGUAGCUAUGGACCCGAUGGCUGCUCGUGUGACUCUAACAAGUUUGACGGCAAUGAUGAUUGCCUAUCGAGAUCACAGGCCUCGAGCAACAAAGCUUUACCUAACCUUGUCGACAAAGUUAGCUCAGUAGUAGGUGUCAACUCUAGUCCUAUUACCAAUCUCAAGCAUGAUCCGCAUAUGACCGACACUCUUGAAUACGUGGAAGCUGUUUUCAAGUAUGCUCCGAGUUCCGCCGGGCAGUCAAAAGCCUCUGAAUGCCGCCGCGGGAAAGACCUAGAUUCUAUCUGCAGUAUCAAUCUUGGGUUGGACAAUAUCAUUUAUCGAUGGAAGUUCGGGUCUGUGAUCAAAUACAACGUCAGUAGGGCCAGUUUUCCGACACCUGAGCGAGCAAUAUCUGCUACCAAGUGUCUCGAGCAGGCUGCCAAAGAAUGGAACGACGGCGCUAUUGGGGUGCGAUUUGAAAGAGUUGCGGAUGAUGCCAAGGCCGUCUUCCAGCUUGUGUACAUCCCCAUCGACGAAAACCACCCGAGGCGGCUAGCACACUCCUUCUUGGCUUGGCCACAAUAUACACGACAGCGAUUGUUGGUGUACGAACUGGCUUUCAGCCGUCUAUGCCAUUCGAUGGUUGAUGUUUUCUGCCACGAACUUGGCCACGUUCUUGGACUGCGGCACGAAUUCUCACUUGAAAAGGAAAAGACUUGUCCAUCGGUCCAGUGGGGUCCGAGAAACCAGGAGUCCGUCAUGGCCUAUUCGUCGUUUCGUAUCCAAGAGACGGAUAUCACCGAGUUGAAGCGAUUUUAUGAGUUUCGUGGCAAAGAAUACAAAGGAUUCGAAAUCGUCGACUUGGAUCCAAAGUACUAUUUCUAGCUUUUGGUAGAUAUGGUGAUCAUGUGCUUAGUGCAUCGACACCACUGCCAAUCGCAUAUAGACGGAUCUUUCGCGCAUCAUUUAGGUACUUAGAUAGCGAAGUACUUAGAUUUGUGUUUCGAAAUGGUUUAAAUACACGAAGGGAACUUGGAAGGAUGGAAAGGGUGUUGGAAGGUUUCUAGAUAGUUACGAAUUAUGAAUCAAGUCCACGCCUCUUCA